GGCUGGGUGAAUUAAUUUGUGACUGGACCAUUUCCAAUGGGGAUACUUUGUGAAAAAAAACAACAACUCUAAUUUCCUCCUGUAAUAAUGCGACAUAUUAAUGUACAUUUAAAGUAAAGGAUAUUGAAGUAAAGUUACCAGAUAUGUGUGUGUAUCGCACUUAAAAAAAAUUGAAAGACCACCCCCCCUUUGGAAAAAUGGUUGCGUCCAAGCUGAACGUGGAGGUUUGGCACUCACCCACCCGAUCUGUCUUUGCCUGAGGAGAAGUGCCCAAUCAACAGCAUGGCUUCUCCAUCACUCUGAUUUAUAAAGGUUUGGUGGUCCGACCUGAGGCAGCAGGACGACCAUGCCCCCUGUUUGACAGCCCAUAGGACUGCAUCCCAGCGGUCUGAGAUGGCUGAUUUUAGUUUUCUUGGUCCACUUUUCUUUUUUUUUUUAAAGACUGUUGGACAAGAGAAGGGGGCACGGUCAUCCUGCUGAUUAAGAAUUUCAAGGACCAAAAAGCGACUUGAUGCUUGUGAACUGCACCUCUGCAUCCACUUUGCAUCACCUCCCUCCCAGCUCAGCAACCUGGUAUUAGAGGGGUUUGGAGAUGUACACAGCCGUGAGGUCUGCUGUGGUCACAACAGCGGAUACGAUUCUGGGGAUCUAAGACUAAACAGUAGUGUGGUCACUGUGUCAGGCCUGUCCAAGACACACCAUGCUGCCAUCACCCACACUAAUGAGGUUCUCACGUGGGCUAGCUUUCUAGAGUCAGAGCCAUGAUCUGCUUGUUAAGAUGGACUGCUUUCCUUUGGACCGUAAAUUCCAUUCCUUGCACUUUUGGAAUGGCAGUGAGUGAACGAGCAGAUGGCUCAUGUCCUCCUCUGACUGUAGAGGAUCACAGGUUUUCUGAUGUUUUGGACCGUCCCCUUCAAAUCACAGGAUUUGAUCUCACUGAAAAGUUUCUCCUCCGAAAGGGAACUGUCUCAGAAGACCUGCCGUCUUAUCGUUUGGGUAGCAGUCCGCUCAUUAAACCAACAAAAUCCAUCUUUCCAAAUGGGCUUCCAAGUGAAUACUCCCUGGUCACCGUCUUGCGCGUCAGAAGAACGACAAAGAAGGACCGCUGGUAUCUUUGGCAGAUAUUCGACCAGGCAGGAGGCAGUCAGGUAUCUGUGGUGGUUGAUGGUGCCAAGAAGACGGUGGAGUUCUCCGCCCAAGGCCAGCUGAAGAACCCUUUACGCUACACAUUCAAGAGCCGUGACCUACAUGCCCUCUUUGAUCGCCAGUGGCACAAGCUGAGCAUUUCUGUGCAAAGCAACAUCGUCUCCGUUUACAUGAACUGCAAGCUAAUAGAGAGGAGGCUGACUGACGAGAGGGACGACAUUGACCCCAGUGGCCGCACUCUCAUCACGACACGAAUAGAGGAUGGACGGCCUGUAGAUGUUGAAGUGAGACAAAUGUUAAUCUACUGUGACCCUUACAUGGCUGAAAUGGAAAAUUGCUGUGAGCUCAUGGAGCCCAAGUGCGAGGCCGAGAGGACAUUUAAUGGGACUUCGCCUCCCCUGGUUACAGCCCAGCUCCCCAAGAUGCUGUCUCAGCCGCCUAAACAGUCUAUUGACAGAUGUCUCUGUCCAGCUGAAAAGGGUGAAGCUGGUCUCCCAGGUGUGAUCGGACUGCCAGGACAAAAAGGAGACCAGGGGGACUCGGGAGAGGUCGGGCUUCAAGGAAACCCAGGACGUAAGGGGGAACUUGGAUCAGAAGGGCAAAAGGGAAUCGAUGGGGAGAAGGGUGUGAAAGGUGACCCAGGGCCACUUGGUCCAGUCGGUCCCAAAGGAAGCAAAGGUGAUAUGGGUCUGCCUGGAGCUCCAGGGCUGCCUGCGGAUGAGGAAUGUUUCAAGGGUGAUCAGGGCCCUCGAGGUGAAAAAGGAGAGAAGGGACCUGCCGGGGUUCCAGGUCAGCCAGGGGAACCAGGCAAAGAGGGCAAAAGGGGACGACGAGGAAAGGCUGGGGAGCCUGGACCCAGAGGCCUGCCUGGAGAAAAGGGUGAUCCUGGAGUCUCAUUGGAAAAGGGGGAGAAAGGAGACCCUGGUCAGCCAGGCACUGAGGGGGGCAACAGGACAAAAGGAGAAAAAGGGGAUGUUGGCCUUCCCGGUCCUCCUGGUCCUCCUGGUUCUGUGAUGACAGCUCAUGGAUUGAGACUCUCUGGAACUGAUGAAAUGAAGGAGGGGACCCUAAGUGGAGAAAAGGGAGAUCAGGGGGAGAGAGGAGCUCAAGGACCGCAAGGCUUAAAGGGUAACAUGGGGCCGCCAGGUCUAAAGGGAGACGUCGGACCAGAGGGGAAGCAAGGCCUGCCUGGACUCCCAGGACUCACAGGCGAGCCAGGCUCGCCAGGGGAGCCAGGGGUGCCUGCGAGAGAUGGCCUGAAAGGAGAAAAGGGGGACUCUGGUGGAGUGAUGGGACUACAGGGACCCCCGGGUCCUAAGGGUGAGCCUGGAGAGCCUGGAGGUGGAUACAUGGGUGAUGGGUUGUCUCUUGCCAGAGGGACUCGUGGUCCCAAGGGUGAGAGGGGUGUCCCAGGAUUGCCAGGAGACCACGGUGAAAAAGGCGAGCCUGGAGAGGGUAUCGCCGGCCCGUCUGGCCCCGCGGGACCCCAUGGAAAGCCCGGAAUUGAGGGCCUACGCGGACCCCCAGGUUUCACUGGCACUCCUGGAGCACCAGGAAGAGAGGGCUCCCCUGGUAGACCAGGUCCUCCAGGUCCUGCUGGACCCCCAGGUGAACCAACUGCCCUGCCGAUUGUUGGAGACAUGGGAACUCUACUAAAGAACGCCUGCAGUUUGUGCCAGACGAGAGUCCCGGGGCUUCCUGGGCAGAAGGGAGAGAAGGGGUCCCUUGGAGAACAAGGAGUGGAAGGCUUGGUGGGAGAAAAGGGAGAUCCAGGUGUAAGAGGUCCGACAGGUAACCCUGGGAAAGAAGGCCCAAAGGGAGUGAAAGGAGAGAGAGGGUUCCCGGGCCCUACAGGAGAUAAAGGUGAUGAGGGACAUGCAGGAGCACCAGGACUUCCAGGUGUGACCGGUCGCACAGGGGCCCCGGGGAUUAUGGGUAGACCUGGACCGAUGGGACCGCUUGGAGGAAAAGGAGAAAGAGGAAAUGAAGGACCUGCAGGCAGACCAGGGCUUCCAGGGCCUCCGGGUGUUCCCUAUGUGGAGGGCAAUGGGAUGAGCAGUCUGUACAAGCUGCAGAGUGGUGGAGCUAUUUUAGGACCCCCUGGAGCUCCUGGUGCUCCGGGUCCCAAAGGAGACGACGGACCUUCAGGUGAUCCAGGGGCCAUGGGAUUACCCGGGCUUGAAGGUCUACCUGGUGCCAAGGGUGAUAUUGGUUUGCCCGGCACGCAUGGAACAGCAGGUCCUUCAGGGAAGCCCGGUGCUCGUGGAGAGUCAGGGAUCCCAGGAGAGCCGGGUGAGAGGGGGCCGCUCGGAGAGACAGGAUUCCCUGGGCCCGAGGGACCCCAAGGUGUUGCUGGGAGACCAGGGAAAGAUGGAACUCCUGGAUACAAGGGAGUUACAGGUAAAGCCGGGGACAGAGGAUCCAAAGGAGAACGUGGUGAUCCAGGAAUUCCUGGAGAGAGAGGCGUUCAAGGUGAGAGGGGUCGCGCUGGAGAUUCUGGCCCUAUUGGACCAAUUGGACCAGGAGGCCAAAAAGGCGAUGUAGGCCCUCCAGGACACCUGGGGGGUUCGACCCUUCUGGGCGAUCCAGGCUUCAUGGAAGAACUCAAAAUGAUCAUCAGAAGGGAAGUUCUGAGAGUCUUUGAAGAGAGACUGUCAGGCGCUGCCAUACCACAGAAGACACCUGCAGGCAUUUUAGCUUCACAAAUCCAGGGCCCCCCAGGACCUCCUGGCCAGACCGGGUUACCAGGUCCUCCAGGAGACUCCGGAUCUCCUGGUCCCCAAGGUUACAGGGGUCAGAAGGGAGAAAGAGGGCAGCUUGGUCUGGGCUUACCAGGAGAUCCAGGACCCAUGGGGCCAGCAGGCCCUCCUGGGAUUCCUGCACAUGGCCAUCCUGGCCCCCCAGGGGCCCGUGGAGCUCCUGGGACUUGUGACCCACGUGGCUGUCCACCCCUAUGAGGCCUGCAGAGUGAGCCAGGCUGAAUCAGAGGUAGACGUCCGGCUCCCAGCUCGGUGCUGACAGACUCACAAAUGACCUCUUCUGUUCACUUUAUAACAACAUUUGGAUGCAGUCAGGUUUUAUUUUUUAUUGUUUCAUUGUUGUGUUUGUUUUGAAUGCUAUAGAAAAUCUUCUCUUGCUGUUGUUUUAAGUUAUUGUUUUCAUAUCCCCUACUGUGAUGUAAUGCAUUCCUUGUCAUCUCUCAUUAUGUCCUUUAAGACCAUGAAAUGACUUUAUUUCAUCCGUCUCAGUCCUGUCUGAAAAAAUCAUCUUAAUUCUUUGUUUGCCUCUUUAAUAGGCGUGCUUAUUCACUUUUUCUGUUCUUAUUCAGACAAGCCAACAUGCUAGCAGAAUUUACAUCUCAUUUUCUGUGUGUGUGUGUUCGUGUGUGUCUAUGUGUGUGUGUUUCUGUUAGCUUUAGUGCGUUCAAUGGAGAGAGAUUAGCUGAAUGAAAGUGUUUGUUUUCUGUAAAGGUGGGGGAAAAAUAAUCAAUUUGUUUGAAACCAAAGUACAUCAGAAGUGUCUGAUGUUGAAAUUAUUUAUUUAAGAAUGUAUUUAAAAGUUGAAGAUGGUACUAAUGAUGAAAGUAGUAAAUGUAGCACGGGUGUUUGGUAACUAUUUUACUAAAAGGUGGAAAAGUCUGGGUUACUGUUUUAUUUGUUUCAAUUUCACCCAUCAAACAUACAUACAUUAGCUUUGUGCAUAAUAAUCAGAUUUUUUAUGAUCUGCAGUAUAACCAUUGAAAGAGUUGUCUUCCCAUGCUCUAUAAGUUGGUACAGAGCAUUGACUCUAUAUAGAACGCCUUCAUUUCUGCUCACUUUGAGAUGUGAAGCCAAAGGACCGCCUCAGUAGGCUCUGAUAUAUUGUGCUGGUGCAGCCAAAGCAUGCACAGCAGUGACCUGGAUGGUAGAUCCACAGGAGUGACAUCAAACCCCUUUCUGCUAACCAAUGCAUGUAUUUCACUUCUCAAUAAAACACCAAAAAGCCCUCAGGUGGGUGCAGUCCA